AUGAGGUUCGAACUUCUACUACUCCUAACUCUUCUACCUCUUUGCGUCGCAGCCGACACCUGCUAUUAUAAGGGAAAAACUCGGAGUAAAUAUGAGAAAUGGAUACGAAAAGGCGACAGUUUGAAAGAAGGUGGCUACACAUAUAGAUGCAAAAGCGAUCGCCAUGAGAAGUAUACUCUCGAAAAAAUAUCUUACCUUUGA